AUGAAGUGGUCAGUUUCUCAGGGGGCAUGUAUGCUACGAGAUAGAGGUACCAUCAGCUCAAGAUGCCAUUAUGUGAUCUUUGACAGUGUCGAUCCAAUCGCGAGGAUCAGCGAGGAUCACAGAUUCGUGGAUGGUCUUGGAGUUAUCCGUCUGUCCAUCGUCAUCAUGGUGUGGUCCACAGUGUCCAUAGUGUGUCUUGGUCUUGGAGUUUUUCCACGAAUACUCUGCGGCCUGGCAUUACCAUUGGGGCAAAUAUUCGUCGAAGAUAAGCUGGCCAUAUAUGAUGUUCCCUCUGUUUUUGAGUUGUUAUGA